CUAGUUCCUAAAUUCAUAAUUCCUUGACGUUGCCUCACUCCCUUGUCCAUCUUCAAUUCUUCAUUCAGUCAUAAACUCAUAGCGACGGCCUACCGCCAUUACCGAACUCGACGGCGGCGCCCGACAAGGCGAUAAGGUCCGAUUCGUAGACAAACCUUCAAUUUCAAAUCCCUAAUAAGUUUUCCCCGCACAGCAGUUAGCUAAACUCUACUCCAAUGGGGGAAAAACGGAGGAAGAACAAUGGCGGCGAUAAGGGGGACGACGGAGAAGCUAGCACUUCCAUUGAUACCAAAAGAGAGAACCAAAACACGAGGGAAACUCUGCUGCCAUCCUCGAUAAAGAACAAGGAAAAAAGAUCUGCUGUCCAUGCGAAGCUCAAGCAGGAGAAGAAGCUAGACAAGCGCAAGAAGGCUAAAGCCCGCGAAGCUGCUGAAAAAAGGGCUCUGGAGCUCGGUGAAGAGCUUCCUCCUAAGAAGAUCCCCCGCACUAUAGAGAAUACCAGGGAGGCUGAUGAGACUGUCUGCAAACCUGAUGAUGAAGAGCUCUUUGCUAGCAAUGAUGUGGAUGAAUUUAGUGCUGUACUCAGGAAAGACCAAGUUCCUAAGAUUUUGAUCACAACGUCCCGGUUGAAAUCCACAAGGGGGCCUGCAUUUAUUACUGAAUUGCUCUCUGUUAUUCCUAAUGCUCACUACUACAAGCGAGGGACAUAUGACCUAAAAAAGAUUGUUGAAUAUGCAAAAGGAAGGGAUUUUACUUCCAUUAUCGUUGUACACACUAAUCGUUGGGAACCAGAUGCUCUACUCAUCAUAGGGCUACCUGAUGGUCCUACAGCUCAUUUUAAGCUCUCAAGACUUGUCCUACGGAAGGAUCUCAAGAAUCAUGGAAAUCCAACUAGUCACAUACCAGAGCUAGUUUUGGCCAACUUCACUACGCGUUUGGGGCAUCGAAUAGGGAGGAUGAUUCAAGCACUUUUUCCACAAGAUCCCAAUUUCAAAGGCCGGAGAGUUGUAACAUUUCACAACCAGCGUGAUUUUAUUUUUUUCCGCCAUCAUCGUUAUAUAUUUGAGACAAAGCAAGGCAAACAGGACUCACAAGGGAAAAAAGGCAAAGAGAAUGAGGACCAGACUAACCCCCAGGAAAAAGUUGUUGCCCGUCUUCAGGAAUGUGGUCCACGUUUUACGCUGAAAUUAAUUAGCCUCCAGCAUGGCACCUUUGAUACAAAGGGUGGGGAAUAUGAAUGGGUUCAUAAGCCGGAGAUGGAUACCAGUCGUCGGAGAUUUUUCUUGUGAUGCUUUGCCAUGGAGUUUCAGUAUCAUCAUACACCCAACACCCUGGCCCCAAGCUGGCAUAAACCAAUCUUUAGACUUUAUUCUUGUUGCAUAAUUAUGUAGAAGUCGUCGCUAAUGUUUUCCUUGUUACGGUAAGUUUAUUCAGCUCACAUGUUUUGUUGCGGCUUAUAUUUGUAUUGACAGUCAAGUUGAGAAUUAGUUGCAAUAUUAUAUAUUCUUCAAGUAUAUCAUUAAUUUU